AUGAGUGACCCACCUUCAUACACGCCGAACGACCCGUCAUUGCCAAAACGGAAAAUUCCAUCUUCAGUUGCUCCAUCACCUGAUGCUAGAUCGAAUGAACGAGGUCUGGGACGGAAGGGAUAUAAAGUAAACAAGACGUCAGCACGCUGGCGGGUUUUGUUUUGUUUCCUGGCCAGCAUUUAUGUGUACAUUUUUGCUGUGGCCGCUUAUAUCAUAUACCUAUAUUGGAGCUUUCCUCAACGUGACCCGAUUCUAGAAAGUAUGAAACUAUUCGUGGUUGGAUUUAGCAUAGAAAUGGUAUACAGAUUAUUUGAGAUAGCGCGAAUUGCGCAAUGGACACAUGGAAGAGUUAAUGUCAUAUUGGGCAUUGCCAUGGUGUUCGGUAAGAAAGACCUGUACGUAGCGUUUGGAAAGGUAAAGCUAAAAGUGUAUCAAUAUUUAUGCAUGCACGGCCUCAGUGACAUGAUAUUGUGCACAUUCUGUGGCUGUUCCAUAGCAGCCAUAAUCACUCUUCCAGACACUGUAUCUGCUACAUUCAAGAUAUGUGCUGGUGUUGGGAAUGUGAAUGUAAUUGUAGCGAUGGCAAUUGUUAUGACUGUAGUUGUGGUGACUGUAGGAACUGUGGUUGUUGUGACGGCUGUGGUUGUGGUGGCGAUGACUCUGACUCUGAUGGCUGUAGUGAUUUUGAUUGUGAUGACUUGUGUGGCUGUGAUUAUUGUGACUCUGGCUGUGGUAAUUGUUGUGAUAAUUGUUACAGCUCUUGCAACGGUUGUUGGGACGGUUGUUGGGACGGUUGGAAUUGUUGUGCUAACUGUGGUGAUUGUGGUAAUUAUGGUAACUGCGGUAAUUGUGGUGAAUGUAGUAACUGCUGUGGCUGUUCUGACUGUGGAAGCUGGAGUUGCAAUUUUGAUUGUGAUUGUUGUGAUUUGGACUGCGAUUAGUCAUAACGAAGACAUACACUUACUUCUGUUGUUAAUUGAUUCUACUUUCUUCUUUGUACUUUAA